UUUGUUACUUGACACUUGAGUGUACUUGAGUGUUACAGUGUUACUCAGUUACUGUAUGAUUUAUUUUCGAAGUCUGAAUUGAAUGAAUUAAUGCAUUUCUCAGUAUUUGUGCGAUGGAAACGAUACCUCAGUAAGAUUAAUCAUCACUUGCUCGACUUAUUUAUCAAUAAUUCAGAUAUCUGAUUCAAAAUUUCAGUAAUACAAUAAGCCAUAAGUAAAUCUACAAAAUGUGUGCAGCUUUACUUGCCCGACCUUUCGAUCUGUCUGAUCCUUAUACUCUUCGUCGGAUGUUGUUUGGUGCUUUUGGUGCUCCAAGUCACCGUGGAUCCAUGAAACGAACUGUAUGUUCCGCCGCGCCUCUCGAUGUGCCAGAUUUACGAGAAAUAGCCGCUGUCAAUAUUGCUAUCGCUUUGUGGAACCAUGUCAACAUACCAGUUGCAUUAUUCCGAGCAAGUUCUAAUACCCCUGCAGAAUUCUAUGGGAUAGAAAAUGCUGCAGUCGAGUCAACUACGUCUAAAUGGAAUCGUGUGAUUUCAGAAGUAUGUGAAUUGUCCGAUAAAUUACCAGUUCCUAAUUCUGUAGCGAAUAAUAUCAAACAAAUAGUCAGUACAGUUGGUGAUCGUGUAGUUGAAUGGGUUUCCUAUCACCGUCGAACUGUAUUUUUUGGAGCUGGUGACGUUGAUCAUUUAUAUUACCAUGUUUCGUACUUCGCUUGGUAUUCUGAUGGUACAAUUAAUAACGAACAAACUGCUCGUAAUUUAUUAUCGUCGCUCAGAUUGAGCUUUGUUGAAAAAUACAGGCUUCUGUGUACUUACUGCCUUAAAGACGAAAUUGAAGAGAUGGCACCGCAGUUGUUGAAGAAUAACGUGCAGGAAAUAGUGGAAUUUACUUCGUAUCCUUUGAUCUAUUAUUGGGAUCGCUAUUUUCGAAACCAACUUCACAUAGUUCCAACCAGAAACACAUCUCUCGAUAGUUCCAUGUUUCGUCAUGCAGCUGUUGAUAAUUGGCCGGCUAAGAAAUACUUUUUUGAUCGUUUGAGUUCCGAAGAGAAGAUACAAAAUGCUAUUCAAUUGAUUGAUACUCGAGGUAUAGAAUAUCAAAGAUUGCUGUUCACAAGAUUGAGCGAAUUCGAACGAAUGCACGUGUACAUGCAGAGAGCAGAGCGAAUUGUAAUCAAUUAUAUGAACAUGGAAUCGAGCAAGUACAUUCUUCCAGUGUGGUUCGAGAUGCGUUUUCUGAUUACGGCGGAACAAUUUUCAUCGAUUUUUUAUACUUUGUUGAAGACGUGUCUCGCUCCGAAUAUGCUGAUAAUCGCCUCUCUGAAUGCUCAGAAACAAAACCAUUUCCUCGAAUCUAUUCUAAAAGAAAUAUGGGCAAGCGCUGGUGAUGAUUUUAGAAACCAUCUGAUCGUGUACAACGAUUACAAAAUAUUCGAACUUCUGUCGGAAAAUAUCGAUGAUAAUAACGAUCUUCUUUUCACAAUACUGCGAAACGUGAACGCUUCUGAUAAAAAGAAGAUAGUCAGCUUACCAUUCUUCAAUUCGUAUUGCGAUAAAUUACUCGCUAAGGAUGACAUUCAAGAUUUCAACCGUUUAUUAAACGUGUUCCUUCCACAUGGCCAAGAUGCGGACCAGUUCAGAGAAGAGAUCGUUUUUCGUUCGACGUACAUUGGCUAUCAGUGCGUACGAUUCUAUUCAGUGGGCAACGUGAACGCUGUUAAUGAGAUGCUAGGUAAACUGUUGCCAACAGCAAACUCGGUGGUUUUUCGUGAGUUCAAAAAAAAUGUCCUCUCAUCGCCUGACAGAAUCGGUCGAUGUGUUGAUUAUGGUAUUUUAAAUCUUGACGAAAAUGCUAUGAACGCGGUUAUUGCAGAUUGUUUCCUGCUUAAAUACCAGAUUACCAAAUUCAAAAGGAAUCUAGUCAUCUCAUCUUCAGCUAUUAAAAAGUUUCAGGAAUUGAUAUGUGUCGGUAAUAUUACCAAGACGAAAUAUUACGUCGAAAAUUACUUGACAUCUGAAAAAGAUAAGAAAACAUUGAAGAAACAACUUGUAGCUUUUGAUUCUCCGGUUUCUUCGAUAGUUACGAUGUUCACAUGGUGCGAACUUGAACAUAUACAGAGUUUGUUGGAAUGGUGUUUAGAAGACGAUAAUGCGAUUCGAGAAUUCAAAUCUGCUUUACCGGUGGAUGACAUAUUCAACGAAAUGUUGAAACAAGCUAUUUUUCUCGAAUACGAUGAUUUUACUCAUCGUUUGUCAAAUUGUUCUUUCAAAGGUGCUGAUUCGUUUGAAGAAGAAAUUGAAGCGAUGAAUCGUUUUCUGUAUUGGUAUUUCGAUUCGUAUCAUCAGAUAAAACAGUACAAAUUACGAAGAAUCCAUUCUUAUAAUAAUAAUCUGCAAGUAAUCAAAACUCUGUUGAAGAAAAAAAACGAUGUUUAUCUACGAACCACGUUGAAGUGGUUUUUUGACAACGACGCCGCUGAAAUACAAAAAUUCAGGUACACACAAAAAGGUAAAAUUACAAACAUACCAUUUUGAAAAAAAAUAAGACGGAUUGUGAAUGUGAUUUAGUUAGUUAGGUACUAUACUUCAUUAUGUUUUGAUGUAAACCUGCUUAUUGUUUCUACGCAUGUGGGAAUGUAUAACAUACCUAUAGUCGCUUGCAGUUGAAGUGAUUUUAUAUGACUUAAGUAUUUUUGAUAAUAUUAUGAUUGUUCUAUUCUUCUAUUAUAAACGUUUUUGAACCUAUAGACAGUGCUUUCUUUCAGUUUAAUGUGGGGUUUAGGUAUCUAUUUUUAAUAAACUUUUUACGAUUUCAAAUUAUUUAAAAUCUGCAAAUAAUUGUAUUCUGUUUUGCGGAUUUUGUUCUUUAUAUUAUAUUUUUCCUUUGAUUGUGUUCUGUUUUCGUAAGUUUCAAAUAUUUUUAAAAACAUAAUGAAGCAUGUUCUUUUUUUGCAAGUAUCAAGUAAUAAAAUAAAUAAUGAAGUGUUUGAA